AUGGCAGAGGAUUUCCUCGAGCUCUUACCGGGAAACGGGGGUGGCAGCCCACGGAGCACAGGAAGACAAAGUUCUCCUCCACCGUCGUCGUGGUCCGACGGGAAGAGUUUCAACGAGAUGGUAGUCACCGAUGCUUGGUACAUCUCUGAGUCUGACACGGAAGAUAUUCAUGAGGCAAUUAAGGAGGAUGACUUGUACGAUGAGGUUCCGGAAGAUGAUGAUCCGUAUUGCUCAACGCAUUGGUCGUCCUGUACAAGUUGA